AAUUAUGGGAGAGAUGUGGUCUAAGUUGGCGACUUUGCACUUUAUUAAUUAGUGCUAUUUUCUAUAUUAUAUAUACCAGUAUACGUACCAUAUGUUUUGGUUCCACACAUGGUUAUGUAACUAAUUUAUUAGUUGUCAAAGUCUAAAAUUCAACUCAUCAUCAACUUUUCUUACUAUACCGUGUAUUUUAUUCAAACUAUAUUAUCUCUUAAUAAAUAAGAGAUGUUUUAUAAGGUAUGAAUUUUCCUCUUCCCAAUAUUAUUAUAACAAAAAAAAAAAAAUGCAAAUUUUAAAGCUUAGUAGUACUUCUUCAAAACCUUAUUCUCGUUUGACAAGCUUUAUCAUACUAUCAUCUUCAACAUGCAUACUCUACUUCCUCGUCUGUUUAAUUCUCGUACACACCAAGUUUAUGAACACAUAUUUUUCAGUCCAAGACUUGUUUUCACAGCGGAGGAGUACCACCACCACCACCACCACCUCUCUGGAACACAUCGUGUUCGGAAUCGCUUCGAACAAGAACACAUGGGAAAAGAGGAAAGACUACGUUAAACUAUGGUGGAAGCCAGAAAUAAUGAGAGGCUGCGUAUUUCUAGAUGAAGAACUCCCCUUCCAGCCCGAACGACAACAAUAUUCAAUAAACGACAACAACAAUGAUAGUACUUCUCUCCCACCUAUAUGCAUCUCCGAGGACACUUCACGGUUUCGGUACACCUACCGGGGCGGUUACCGGUCGGCUAUUCGAUUAGCACGUGUGGUUUCGGAGACUGUGGCCCUGAACCACUCGGACGUGAGGUGGUAUGUGUUUGGUGACGAUGACACUGUUUUCUUUCCUGAGAAUUUGGUGAAGAGUCUUUCGAAGUAUGAUGAUGGGCUUUGGUACUACGUAGGGACUAACUCUGAGAUUUAUGAGCAGAACAUCAUUUUUGGAUUUGAUAUGGCUUUUAGUGGGGCUGGUUUUGCUAUAAGCCAUUCUCUAGCUAAAGUUUUGGCCAAGGUUUUUGACUCUUGCAUUGAGAGAUACCCACAUCUUUAUGGUAGUGAUUCUAGAAUAUUUUCUUGCAUAGCUGAGCUCGGCGUUGGGCUGACUCGAGAGCCUGGCUUCCAUCAGAUGGACAUACGAGGAGAUAUAUUUGGUUUAUUGGCUACACAUCCAGUUAGUCCCUUGUUAUCAUUACACCAUUUGGAUAAAACAGAUCCCAUCUUCCCAAACAUGUCAACUCCUCAUGAAGCUCUAAAACACUUAUUCAAAGCCACAGAGGUUGAUUCCCAGAGGCUUUUACAGCAAACAAUCUGCUACGACAUAUGGUAUUCAUGGACAAUCGUAGUCUCUUGGGGUUACGCCGUUCAAAUCUACCCAACACAUAUGUUUCUGCCGGAGGCUCUUCAUGCUCCGGAGACUUUCCGCCCCUGGAAAAUCAACCGGAAUAAUAAUUCUCCUCUUUCGGGGCUUUAUACUUUCACCACGAAACAACUUAACCCGGACACGUGUCGAAGACCCACCAUCUUCUUUCUUGAUGACGUGUCAUCUUCAGGUAGGGACGAUGGUGAAGAAAUCAUGAGUAUGUACAGGCAAGCCUUUGUGAAUUGCUCAGUCUAUCCUGGUUCGCCCAGAAAAUUGAGGGAGGUCAGAGUCUUCUCCCAUAAGUUGGACCUUGAUAUCAACCAGUUGAAAGCUCCAAGAAGGCAUUGUUGUGACGUUUUACCCUCUAAAAUUGGUGACGCAUUGGACGUGGCCAUCAGAGAAUGCCAGCAAGAAGAGUUAAUAAACAUGCAUCCAUAAACCCUAUAUAUACUACUUAAUUAUAUAAAUUACUCUCUUCUAACCUUUUUCUCUUCCCUAUAGGGAUUUAGGGUUUCAAUUUUUUUUUAUAUAUUUAUUUUUUUUAAUUAGAGAAGUUUUAUUCAAAGAAUACAAUUUACAAACACCAAUCAAAGACUCAUAGAAUUUGUAGUGUACUAAAAUUCUCAAA